CAGUUCAAAGCUAGAAGUAGAACGGCGCUAACUAGAAAAAUCUAUUGAAAUGAUUCAGCAACGUUCGGGCUUACAUUUGUUGCUGCUCAUCGGACUGCUGGCCGGCAAUGAAGUUUUGUUGGCGCACGCUCAAGUUCCCUUUCCGGGAAAGUGUCCGGAGGUCAAAGUAAUGGAAGACUUCGAUGUGGAAGCGUACUUGGGCAUCUGGUAUGAGUAUAGCAAAUAUCCAUUUGCAUUUGAAAUUGGCAAGAAGUGCAUCUACGCCAACUACUCGAUCAUUAACAAUGAAACGCUGUCCGUGGUGAAUGGCGGCAUCAAUCGACUCACUGGCAACCCCUCGAGCAUAAGUGGCACUGCGAAGGUUCUAGGCCCCGCACGACUGGCUGUGGCCUUUUUCCCAGGACAGCAAACUACAAAGCCCAACUAUAUGGUACUGGGCACCGACUAUGAGUCGUUUUCCGUUGUCUACAGCUGCACGAACGUGAUAUCUCUGGCUAAUAUCAAAUUCGCUUGGAUCUUAACCCGUGAGCGUGAACCCACAGCAGCGACCAUUGCCGCAGCCAAAGAAAUCUUAGCUGAUAACAAAAUCUCGGAAUCCUUCUUCAUUGACACACAGCAGAGCAAUUGCCCCAAAUUGGACUCAAAUGGCACGGACUUUGGCGCUGAGGAUUUGACUGUUGGCGAUCCGAUCGAUGAAUUUGUUGGCACUGUGCUGCCAAAUGCCAUUGAGAAGGCAUGAGAAUGGCUGCGACGCUUCUACAUGCGUCUCUACAAUAUUUUUAUGAACUUUACGAGUUCUUAAAUGUAAUGUGUACAUAAAUAUUUUAUAUACAUACAUACGGACGUGAGUAGUUGUAUAGACAAGUGUUAUGUUGAAUAUUAAAAUUAAUUGUUAAUGCAUGAAA